AUAAAACUUACACGUAGAGUGAUGCAAAAACAUUCGAAAUGGGUUAGGAUAAAUAUAAGUCCGUACUAGAAGAAAAUAAAUACAGUUAAAAAAACAAUAAAGAAGAUGAGUCAUGAAAAAUGAAAAUGAAAAAGCAAAGAAUGGUGGCAAUUUGGCAAAAGCAGAGUAGGCAAAAUACAAAUCCCUUCCAGCAUUGCAGUUGGCAGAGCAACCCCGUUAGUGCACUAGUGCAGCUUCUGCCAACAUGAGAAAAGAGGAGAGAGAAAAUCACAAAAUUUGCCCAUAAUACGACAAUUCCUUUUCGUACACUGCUCUCUGCUCACUCACUCACUCUACUAGUACUCUCUCUCCCACAAUCAAACACACACAAACACACCAUUUCUGAUUUCCAUUUCUCUUUCUCUCUCCUAAUACGGAGUGCUCUGUUUUUCUAAUUCUAAAUUAUGGUGGGUCUUCGUUCAAUUCCGACAUGGUUGGAUGCUCUGCUUCAUGAGAAAUUCUUUGAGCCAUGUUUGCUUCAUUCUGAUUCUUCUUCUUCUGCUGCUGCUGAUAAGAAAUCUGAGAAAAACCUUUUCUGCUUUGAUUGCUGCACUAGUCUCUGUCCUAAAUGCCUCUUUCGCCACCGCAAACAUGUCCUUCUUCAGGCAAGACGAUACGUUUACAAUGAUGUUCUUAAACUAUCCGAUGCUGAAAAACUCAUGGAUUGCUCUGGUAUUCAAGGAUACAUAACAAACAGUGCAAAAGUGGUAUUUUUAAGACAAAGGCCAAAAUCUCGAUUCAACAGAAGCCCAAGUUCUGGGAAUUGCUGCUUCACCUGCAAUCGCUCCUUACAAGAACCUUUCCUUUUCUGCUGUCUCUCUUGCAAGGUGGAGCAUAUAAUAUCAACACAAGGGAGCUUAAGAAUCAACGUAUCAGACCACAAAAUGUUGGGAUUUCCAGACAUUGACGAGUUUCAAGUAGUAACACCUGAAUCAGUCCUUGACUCGUCCGGUUCAAUUCCAACAUCAUCCGGUUCAACUUCAAGCAAUGACCUUCGAGCCGCUAUACUUUGCACAGCAACUACAGAAAUUGUCAGGAAAAGGCGCAGUAAUCUCACUGGUUUAGCUCGACCCGGUUCGAAUCGCCCUAAUUCUGUUGAUUCAGCGUGUCGCCGAUUAGCUGAACCGGCCGAACAUAGUCACAAUUCUAUCAACCGGAGGAAAAAGGGGGUGCCUAACCGGUCUCCUCUCUGCUGAAACUGAAGUUUCUGAACACAAAAACAAAACAAAAGGAAAAUUAAUUGUCAAGAGGGAAAUUAUUGGUUAGUUUUUCAGUAAAGGGUUUUACUAUUUUUAGGUAGAGGGGAGUAAAUUUUUGUUACUUUCCCAAUUUUGUAGAUGAGGUUAAAAAGAAAUAUUUACUGAUUUGGGGAUUUAAAAUGAAUAGGGCAGCUAAUUUGAAUAGGUAUAGUAAUUUUCCACAAGAUACUUGGAUAGAAAAUUAACUCAAUCUUUGAUUUUGGAGAGUUUUACCUUUGUUUUAUCAUAUGGUAUGGUAUGUUAUGGUACUAUGGUAGAUUGUUAUUAGUGGUUGAACUAUAAUCUUUACUUAUAUUACUACUUUUGAUUAUUCUUGUUACUGCAUUAAUGUUUCUUUUUACCAUAUUAAAUGUUGGUUUCUUUGAUUUUAGAAUGGUUUCUUUUUUUUUUUUUUUUUUUUUUUAUUUUUUAUGUCUUGAUGAGUAUGGGGAUCAACAAUUUUACUAUGAUUUCUUUAUUUAGCUUAUGAAUCUUGGAUUCUAGGGAGCAUGCUAUUUCAACCAUUUUGAUUUUAAGUGAAGUAAUGAACAUACACUUGGAUUAUUUUGUACCUCAUUUUGGAACUAUCACUUUUCUCGAUAUAUCAACUAUUAUUCUCAAGACGUGAUCAAUACAUUUUACACGGAGUAAUUUAUAACAUUAGUCGUUUUAGCUUUUACCACUGCACAAAGUGAUAAAAUACUAUAAUGUGAUAUUUAACGUGAGUACUGGUGUUGUAAUGACUUUUAAGAGUUUUCUUGUUACACAUCACUAGGUUACAUAAGACGGUUGAGUGAUAUUGCACUCGUAUUGAAUCAUUCAAUUAUAAACUCUUGACUCUCUGAUGCAUGCUAAUGCAACAUUUUAUUGGGAAAAAAAAUUGCAACUUUAAAAAAUAAAUAACGAUAGCUUUAUAAUUUGUGAUAAGUGAAGGGUCUACACCCUUACUUCCCAAAUGGACCCAGUGUCCCAGCCCAAGACCCAACAAAACAGAAAAGUAAAAAAAAAAAAAGAAAAAAUGAUUGAUACUAGUCGUACUAAAUAGCUGGGUGUGGCCAGUAAUCAGUACUUGAGUAGGGACUGG